UAGUUAUACAUUGUGCCUCCAUUAAUUUCACUAUGAUUUGAGAGAUGCCUCAGACAAACCCGCCCGAAAAGUAACUGUCGUCACUCAAGUCUAAGACACCCUCUUUUUCCAGCUCCCGUACCUCUUUCAAUUACAAUUCAACGCUUCCCAACGAAGUAACCUCAGUUACUUUAACAAAACUCUCACAGAAAAAGAAGACAGACGAAAAGCAGCAGCAAAACAAGGGGAGAACAAAAAGCACAAACUCCACCUGCACAAAGUAAAAAGGGCAGUUUUCAAUUGUUCAAUUGUAAAUAAAAGAAAAGCAAAGAGCACCAAAAUCCUGAGUUUUUGUAUAAUAAUUCUUUUCUUGCAAUCAGAGCAAUCACUUUGCCCCACCGAACACCCAAAGUAUCUCUUUCCCUCGCUUUUUCAAAAAUAGAUAAUGGCGUCUGUCUUUUAUGCGACUCUCAUCAAAACCCUAACAACAACAACAUCAUCAUUUAUUUUCUGUUUCAAAAUCAAAACCAAAGCGAUUGGUUUGGGUGAUUUCCGGCAAUGGCGAGUUCUAGCGGGACGAAGAACGGUGGCGGAGGACUGCCGCCGCGUUCUUUGUCUCGGAAAAUGACACGUGCGCAAACGAUGAUGGUUGAUUUACAGGAUGAAGAUGCUUCUGUUCUUGAUAGUGAACUUGUCCCUUCUUCUAUGUCUGAAAUUGUUCCCAUUCUUCGUGUUGCUAAUGAAGUUGAGAAAGACAAUCGCAGAGUUGCCUAUCUCUGCCGCUUCCAUGCUCUUGAAAAGGCUCACAAGACAGAUCCAACCUCGGCUGGACGUGGAGUUCGCCAAUUCAAGACCUAUCUGUUGCAUAAGCUUGAGAGGGAAGAACAUGAAACACAACGGCAGCUUGCAGGAAGUGAUCCGAGAGAAAUUCAGCUGUUUUACCAGAAAUUCUAUGUGGACAAUAUUAGAGAAGGCCAAUAUGUUAAGAAACCGGAGGAGAUGGCUAAGCUUCUUCAAAUUGCAUCAGUGUUAUAUGAUGUGCUGAGAACGGUGGUUCCUUCAGAAAAAAUUGAACCUGAGACACAAAGGUAUGCCCAGGAUGUUGAGAGGUUAAGUGAGCAGCCUGUAUACUACAAUAUCCUUCCAUUGUAUGCUGCUGGGAUAAAACCUGCAAUAAUGGAACUUCCUGAGAUCAAAGCAGUGCUUCAUGCUCUAUCUAAUGUGGAUAAUCUUCCAAUGCCCAAAUUUAGCUGCACACAUGAUGCCUCUUAUGACUUCCCCAAGGGAAGAGCUAAACCAGUCAUUGACAUCCUUGAUUGGGUUUCUUCUGUUUUUGGCUUUCAGAGAGGAAAUGUGGCUAAUCAGAGGGAGCACCUGAUAUUACUACUAGCAAAUAUUGAUGCAAGGAAGAGGAACCUUGAAAAUUAUUCUGUGCUUGAUAGUAACACAAUAGAGCAGUUGACGGAUAAAAUAUUUAAGAAUUACCGUUCAUGGUGUAACUAUGUGCGUUGUAAAUCAUAUCUUAGGUUUCCCCAAGGUGCCGACAGACAACAGUUACAGCUUAUCUACAUUGGACUCUACCUUCUCAUAUGGGGGGAAGCUUCAAAUAUACGAUUCAUGCCAGAAUGUCUUUGCUAUAUCUUCCAUAAUAUGGCAAAUGAGGUUUAUGGAAUACUAUAUAGCAACGUGCAUCCUGUUAGUGGAGACACAUAUGAAACAGCAGCACCUGAUGAUGAAACCUUUUUGAGGACUGUUAUAACUCCAAUUUACCAAGUUGUGCGGAAGGAAGCUAAGAGAAACAAAGGUGGCACGGCAAGCCACUCAAGAUGGAGAAAUUAUGAUGAUCUGAACGAGUACUUCUGGUCUGACAAAUGUUUUAGACUGGGGUGGCCAAUGGAUCUGAAGGCAGAUUUUUUUGUUCAUUCAGAUGAGACACCACUUAUAAAUGAGAGUUCUAACCAAGGCGUUAGCGGAAAGAGGAAGCCUAAAACAAAUUUUGUUGAAAUCCGCACUUUUUGGCACCUAUUUAGAAGUUUUGACCGAAUGUGGAUAUUCUAUAUUGUGGCUUUCCAGGCCAUGUUAAUUGUUGCAUGGAACGCAUCUGGAUCUAUUGCUGAUUUUUUCAAUGAGGAUGUCUUCAAAAAUGUAUUGAGCAUUUUUGUCACGUCUGCUUUCCUCAAUUUUCUCCAAGCUGCUCUCGACAUAGUUCUUAGUCUUAAUGCCUGGAGAAGCUUAAAAGCCACACAGAUACUGAGAUACCUUUUGAAGUUUGCUGUAGCAGCUGUGUGGGCUGUGGUUCUGCCGAUUGGUUAUUCCAGUUCUGUGCAGAACCCAACAGGCAUUGUAAAAUUUUUCAAUGAUUGGACUAGGGAUUGGCAGAACCAGUCAUUUUAUAAUUUUGCUGUUGCAAUUUAUUUGAUACCCAAUCUGUUGUCUGCUCUACUGUUUGUGCUUCCACCUUUACGGAGGAGAAUGGAGCGUUCAAACUGGCGGAUUACCACUUUUAUCAUGUGGUGGGCUCAGCCCAAAUUAUAUGUAGGAAGAGGCAUGCAUGAAGAUAUGUUUUCACUUCUAAAGUACACACUUUUUUGGAUCAUGUUGCUAAUAAGCAAGCUAGCAUUUAGCUACUAUGUGGAGAUACUACCUUUGGUUGGACCUACAAAGAUCAUUAUGGAUAUGCAUAUUGACAACUAUCAAUGGCACGAGUUCUUUCCGAAUGUUACCCAUAACAUUGGCGUUGUUAUUGCAAUAUGGGCUCCAGUUGUCCUGGUUUAUUUUAUGGAUACCCAAAUUUGGUAUGCCAUAUUUUCUACACUCUUUGGUGGCAUUCAUGGAGCCUUCAGCCAUUUGGGCGAGAUACGAACACUUGGGAUGUUGCGGUCUAGGUUUGAAUCUGUGCCUUCAGCUUUCAGUCGACAUCUUGUGCCAUCACCAAAUGAGGAUGCUAAAAGCAUAUACCCGGAUGAGUCCAUUGCUAAUUUUUCUCGGGUGUGGAAUGAGUUCAUCCAUUCUAUGAGAGUGGAAGAUUUGAUCAGCAACCAUGAAAGAGACUUGCUACUAGUACCAAUGCCAUAUUCUACAAGUGGGGUCUCUGUCGUCCAGUGGCCGCCGUUUCUGCUUGCUAGCAAGAUUCCUAUAGCAUUGGACAUGGCAAAGGAUUUCAGGCAGAAGGAAGAUGCUGAGUUAUAUAAGAAGAUGGAUGAUUAUAUGCGUUCAGCAAUAACUGAGGCCUAUGAGACAUUGAGGGACAUAAUAUAUGGUCUUCUGGAAGAUGAUGCAGAUAGGAACAUCGUUAGACAUAUCUGUUAUGAAGUGGACUUGAGCAUACAGCAAAGCAGAUUUUUGCAUGAAUUCAAGAUGAGUGGCUUGCCUUUACUAAGUGAAAAGUUGGAGAAGUUUCUAAAAGUCUUGCUAGGUGACUAUGAAGAUGUUGAUGCCUACAAAUCUCAGAUAAUUAAUGUUCUCCAGGAUAUUAUAGAAAUUAUUACUCAGGAUGUUAUGAUUCACGGGCAUGAUGUCCUGGAAAGAGCUCACCCUACAAAUGUGGAUGUUCAUAAUAGUAAGAAAGAGCAGAGGUUUGGAAAGAUCAAUAUUGACCUUACCAAAAACAGUUCCUGGAGAGAAAAGGUUGUCAGGCUACAUCUGCUUUUGACUACAAAGGAAUCUGCUAUAAAUGUACCUUCAAACUUGGAUGCUCGCCGCCGUAUCACUUUUUUUGCAAAUUCCUUAUUUAUGAACUUGCCACCUGCUCCAAAAGUCCGAGACAUGCUCUCCUUCAGUGUUUUGACUCCAUAUUAUAAAGAACAUGUUCUUUAUUCGGAUGAGGAUCUUCAUCAAGAAAAUGAAGAUGGGAUAUCAACUUUGUUCUACCUUCAGACAAUAUAUCGUGAUGAAUGGAAAAAUUUUGAGGAACGAACAUCUAAUUAUGCUGCCAAAGAAAAGGCAGACGCCCUUCGUCACUGGGUAUCCUAUAGGGGCCAGACACUUGCUAGAACAGUGAGGGGAAUGAUGUACUACAGGAAGGCUUUAGAACUUCAGUGCUCUCUGGAAGCAACAGGAGAUGAUGCAACUAAGGAAUCUAAUGAGCAGGACCAAAUGAAGGAUGAACAUGCACAGGCUUUGGCUGAUUUGAAGUUCACCUAUGUUGUUUCUUGUCAAAUUUAUGGGGCUCAGAAAAAAGCUACUGAUUCUGCACAAAGGAGUUGUUACAGUAAUAUUCUAAAUCUCAUGUUAACGUAUCCAUCACUACGUAUUGCUUACAUUGAUGAAAGAGAGGAUACAGUGAAUGGAAAAUCUCAAAAGUUUUAUUAUUCCGUUCUGGUAAAAGGAGGCGAUAAGUUGGAUGAGGAAAUCUACCGGAUCAAGCUCCCAGGUCCCCCGGCUGAAAUUGGUGAAGGAAAACCAGAAAAUCAAAAUCAUGCCAUUAUAUUUACUCGUGGAGAAGCCCUUCAGACAAUAGACAUGAAUCAGGAUAAUUACUUUGAAGAAGCUUUUAAAAUGAGAAAUGUAUUGGAGGAAUUUUUAAAACCUCGUCGUGGGCCUCGAAAACCUACAAUUUUAGGUUUAAGGGAGCAUAUAUUUACUGGAAGUGUUUCAUCACUUGCUUGGUUCAUGUCCAAUCAGGAGACCAGCUUUGUAACAAUCGGCCAGCGUAUCUUGGCUAAUCCUUUGAGGGUUCGUUUCCACUACGGUCAUCCUGAUAUAUUUGAUAGGAUCUUCCACAUAACAAGGGGUGGCAUAAGUAAAGCUUCUAGAAUAAUAAACUUAAGUGAGGAUAUAUUCGCAGGGUAUAACUCAACUAUGCGAGGAGGAUACAUAACACAUCAUGAAUAUAUUCAAGUAGGCAAGGGGCGUGAUGUUGGAAUGAAUCAGAUAUCAUCUUUUGAAGCAAAGGUUGCAAAUGGAAACGGAGAGCAGACACUUAGUCGUGAUGUUUAUCGACUUGGACGGCGGUUUGAUUUCUACAGAAUGCUGUCGUUUUAUUUCACAACAGUUGGGUUCUACUUUAGCAGCAUGAUAACUGUGCUCACCGUGUAUGUAUUCUUGUAUGGACGUCUAUACAUGGUAAUGAGUGGACUAGAACAGGAGAUUCUUACGAGCCCAAGCAUACGUCAGAGCAAGGCCCUUGAAGAGGCUUUAGCAACUCAAUCUGUUUUCCAAUUGGGCUUGUUAUUGGUGCUGCCCAUGGUUAUGGAAAUUGGCUUGGAGAAAGGGUUUCGUGCUGCUCUUGGUGAUUUCAUCAUUAUGCAGUUGCAGUUGGCUUCCGUGUUCUUCACAUUCCAGCUUGGAACUAAGGCACAUUAUUUUGGGAGAACAAUUUUACAUGGUGGUUCUAAAUACCGAGCUACUGGUCGCGGGUUUGUUGUUUUCCAUAUGAAGUUUGCUGAGAAUUACAGGACUUACUCACGCAGUCACUUUGUAAAGGGAUUAGAGCUUGUUAUACUGUUGGUCUUGUAUGAGGUUUUUGGGGAAUCAUACCGCAGUUCAAAUCUUUAUUGGUUCAUCACAUUGUCCAUGUGGUUUUUGGUCGGAUCUUGGUUAUUUGCUCCUUUUGUGUUUAACCCAUCUGGUUUUGACUGGCAAAAAACAGUGGAUGAUUGGACGGAUUGGAAGAGGUGGAUGGGAAAUCGUGGUGGUAUUGGGAUCCCAAAUGAAAAAAGUUGGGAAUCUUGGUGGGAUGGAGAACAAGAACAUCUCAAACACACUAAUAUAAGGGGACGGGUGCUUGAGAUAAUCCUUGCAUUUCGUUUCUUUAUCUAUCAAUAUGGCAUUGUCUACCACCUUGAUAUAGCUCAUCGCAGCAGAAGUAUACUGGUUUAUGGAAUUUCUUGGGCGGUUCUGAUAACUGCUCUUUUGGUCUUAAAGAUGGUAUCAAUGGGGAGACGACGGUUUGGUAUCGAUUUCCAGCUCAUGUUCAGGAUUCUCAAGGCACUUUUAUUCCUUGGCUUCAUGUCCGUCAUGACAGUCUUAUUUGUCGUUUGGGGACUCACAGUAACAGAUUUGUUUGCUGCAUUUCUCGCCUUCAUGCCCACAGGAUGGGCCAUUCUUUUGAUUGGGCAAGCAUGCAGGCCAUUGUUUAAGAGGAUAGGAUUCUGGGAUUCAAUAAAGGAGCUCGCAAGAGCAUACGAGUACAUGAUGGGAAUACUAAUAUUCGCGCCAAUAGCCAUUUUGUCAUGGUUUCCUUUUGUAUCAGAGUUCCAAACUCGUCUGCUAUUCAAUCAAGCAUUUAGUAGAGGCCUUCAGAUCUCUAUGAUUCUUGCUGGAAAGAAAGAUGGAACUGAUGGCAAAAAAGAUAAGGCAUGAAACUAGUUCUUAACUUGCACUUCCAUAUUCAUGUCUAGUAACAAAUUCUUUGCUUCUUCUCUAGAUUUCUCUUCAAUUUUUCUAGAGAAGAAGUUAUUCUUUUUAUUGUUAUUAAUAUUAUAACUAUUAGCAAAAGAAAUGCAUUUUUAGCUCCCUUUACUUUUAA